GACUAACUGGAGGUGGGGGGUAGGGGCCAGUCAUAAAAGGUUCUAGGAUGCCUGCCACUGGCUCCUGGUAGGCACUUAGUGAAUAGAAUCAUAUACAGAGCUUCCUUGCCCUUUUGGGAUCACAAACCUUUCUGAGCAUCUUGAGGAAAGCUAUGCUCUCCUCAGAGCCAUGUUGUUACUCAUUAAUAUCUUUCAUACGACUUCAUGAGCUUUAGAGGCACUCCCCCCAUACCUGUCCACGAACUGCAGGCUGCCAAACUGCUCUUUGUAUAAAUACUGAAACUUUAUCACGGUCUCCGAAGCUCUGCAUGAUCAGGCCCCUGCCUACAUCUCUAGUCUUGCCUUUCUCCCCUUUGCUUUUUCCAGUCAGCCACGCUGGCCUCUUUGCAGUUCUUGAAAGUACUACCUCAGGUCCUUUGUCCAAGUGACUUCCUCUACCUGGAACAUGCUCUGCUGCUACCUCCACUUUUUGCCCAGCUUAAUUCCCUUAGUUGUUGAAUGUCUGUCUCCUUUCACUUUGAUAUAAGCUCCAUGAGAUCAGGACAUUGACUAAUAGCUUAUAUCAAAGCUAUAUCUGCCCCCCAGCCCACUGCCUGGUCCACAAGAUUUGUUUUAUAAGUGAAUGAAGGCCUCACCAGUGCCGCAUGGCUCGAUCCAGCUCCUCACACUUAAUUCCUUCUUCCCUCAGCCCCUAGUGGGCAUUACAUGAGUCUACCCAACAUGCUCAGAUAUGUCUGAAUGCCAAGAGUGGCCAUGAUUAGGAGAGAUUUUUCUAGAAAUCUUCCCUUCUCUGAAACAAGCAGGCUUCCCAUGGGUCUGCCCCACCCCCUUGAGAGAAGGGUCAGACUCUCAAGCUCAGGCUGAGACUCUUCAUCCUGUACACAUUUGUCUCACCGAAUCUUCACAAGAAUCCAUGAGGUAGGAAUUGCCAUUGGUCUUUUACAGAUAAGCAAACUGAGCCUCAGAGUGGGUACCCAGCUAAUACGUGGUAGAGCUGGGACUCGUCUACCAGGAACCAAAGUGUAGCCUCUUUGCCUCCCCAGAGUGGAGAAGAGGCUUGUCCCAGGUCACAGCAUCAGCCUUAGGGCCAAACUGCAAAUGGGCACAAAGCAGGAGCUAGAGUUGCUGGAGGAGAGAGAAAAAAGCAGGGGCUGAGGCCAGAGCCCUGAGGCCCAGGGGGCUUUAGGGGGUAGGCCUAGGGAGAGGAGGCCUCAAAGGGCCCACAGAUGCCAACUUUGCCUGUCUCUCUAGGCAGCUUGGCUUUCUUGAGAGGAACCAGCUGCCCCAGCAGGGAGGCAGGAAGGCAAGAAGGCUGGCCUGUUGCCUGUCAGCAACUAUUCCUUCUAGGUCACUAGCCCCCUAGCCCCUUCCAGGGCCACCUUCUGCUCAGAACAGCCAGGGGCCUGGGCUCUGAGGCCACAAAAGGACAGGAGCGCUCUGAGCUGGAUCUGUGGUACUCCUCAGGGGCCCUGCAUCCUUCAAGUCCUCCCAAUUAUCUCCUUUCUCCAGGCCCGCACAUAUGGAGGAGAGAUUAUUGUGAUAGGCAGGUGGGAAGUCAGGGAACCUGGGUUCUACUCUGACUGGCUGUAUGAACUUUCUUCCCCUCUCCAUGCUCAAGUUCCCCAUCUGUGAAAUCAGGUGGCGGCAAUUUCCUUGAAAGAACAGCCUCUUGAUCAUGAAUUGUGUUUCUUCUGAUUUUUGUUUUUCUCUCCAGGAAGCAUUUCUCUUAGCCAGUCCAGAAAACAACAUAGAAGAGAGUGAGAGCUUAUUGCAAUGGUUAAGAAUAUUGGCCAGGGCCUCAUCUUGAUCUCCUAAAAUGAGUGAUGUGAACUUUACUUGAUCUGGAUCAUCCUAGCACAACAACCAAACAAUCUCUUUAACUGUGUGGAAGAUAAGAAUGUUUGUGAAAAGCUUCUAUGGAAAGGUUUCUGUAUUCACAGGACAGCAGUGUGGUCGAGGAAAAAGAUUCCAGAUUUGGGAAUAGCCAAACCAGGUCCUGAUCUUGCAGUUCUGCCACUUACUAUCUAUAGUACCUAUGCUGAAUUAUUUAUGGUCUCUCCAUCUCAAUUUUCUCUUCAGGAGAGUAAGGCUAGUGACACAUACUUGACAGGGUGCUUGGGGAGAUUCCAGGGGACAGGCACAUAAGGAGUCCAGCCUGGGGUUUGGCCCAGAGGAGUCACCGUGAGUUCUCAAAUCUGCUUCCUCUUACUAGGAGUUCCCAGCCCUCCUGGGAGAGCAGGGGAAGGAGCAAAGUUUCUAGUUGCAGUCUGGCCUACAGCCCAGCAGGCCUGGCCCCGCCUCCAUAGUUCCUCCUUCUAGGGAAGGACUGGGGAGGAGGGGGUGGUGACAUGGUGGAGGUACCGCCCCGGCCAGGGGCCUGCCCCCGACAGGUCCCGACCGUGGAGACCCCCGGGAGGAGUAGCAGGUCCACAGCGUCUCAUAUUCUACACCAGUAUUGCUGUCCUACUCAGGUCCUUGACUCCAUGAAGCUUACCCCCUCAGGCAGGCUGGCAGAGAGCAGUGUGGAGGGUGAUGCCCCAGGCAGUGACCUGAGCACAGCGGUUGAUAGUCCUGGGAGCCAACCCCCCUACCGGCUGAGCCAGCUGCCCUCCACCGGCAGCCACAUGGGGGGCCCCCCGGCUGGGGUCGGCCUUCCUUGGGCUCAGCGGGCUCGCCUCCAGCCAGCCAGCGUCGCCCUGAGGAAGCAGGAGGAGGAGGAGAUAAAGCGUUCCAAGGCCCUGUCGGACAGCUAUGAACUUUCCACAGACCUGCAGGACAAGAAGGUGGAAAUGCUGGAGAGAAAGUAUGGGGGCUCCUUCCUGAGCCGCAGGGCUGCCAGGACCAUCCAGACGGCCUUCCGCCAGUACCGCAUGAAUAAGAAUUUUGAGCGUCUCCGCAGCUCCGCUUCAGAGAGCCGCAUGUCCCGCCGUAUCAUCCUCUCCAACAUGAGGAUGCAGUUCUCCUUUGAGGAGUAUGAGAAGGCCCAGAACCCCGCGUACUUCGAGGGCAAGCCUGCCUCGCUGGACGAGGGUGCCAUGGCUGGUGCCCGGAGCCACCGGCUUGAACGGGGGCUCCCCUAUGGAGGCUCCUGUGGAGGAGGCAUCGAUGGUGGGGGAAGCUCUGUCACCACAUCCGGAGAGUUUUCUAAUGACAUCACAGAGCUCGAGGACUCCUUCUCCAAACAGGUAAAGUCUCUGGCCGAAUCCAUUGAUGAGGCCCUAAACUGCCACCCAUCAGGGCCCAUGUCUGAGGAGCCAGGGUCAGCCCAACUGGAGAAGAGAGAGUCAAAGGAACAGCAAGAGGACAGCUCAGCCACCUCCUUCAGUGACCUUCCCCUCUACUUGGAUGACCCAGUGCCCCCACCAUCGCCUGAGCGGCUGCCCAGCACAGAGCCCCCUCCCCAGGGCCGGCCCGAGUUCUGGGCACCGGCCCCUCUCCCGCCAGUUCCUCCACCAGUGCCACCAGGGACCCGGGAAGAUGGUGCCCAUGAAGAAGGCGCUCGCAGGGGUCCUGGGUGCUUGGAGUGCCGGGAUUUCCGGCUGCGGGCUGCCCAUCUGCCCCUGCUUACCAUUGAGCCUCCUAGUGACAGCUCUGUCGACCUGAGUGACCGCUCAGAUCGCGGCUCUGUCCACCGCCAGCUGGUGUAUGAGGCUGAUGGCUGCAGUCCCCACGGGACCCUGAAGCACAAGGGACCACCAGGCAGGGCCCCGAUCCCACACCGCCACUACCCAGCCCCAGAGGGCCCAGCCCCAGCCCCGCCAGGGCCCCUUCCACCAGCCCCCAACAGUGGCACUGGGCCCAGUAGUGUGGCUGGGGGUCGGAGGUUAGGGAAGUGUGAGGCAGCAGGCGAAAACUCUGAUGGUGGAGAGAAUGAGAGCCUUGAGAGCUCCAGCAAUUCCAAUGAGACCAUCAACUGCAGCUCAGGCUCUUCUUCGCGGGAUAGCCUGAGGGAGCCCCCGGCCACUGGCCUGUGCAAGCAGACCUACCAGCGGGAGACGAGGCACAGCUGGGACUCGCCUGCCUUCAACAACGACGUGGUGCAGAGGCGGCACUACAGAAUUGGCCUCAACCUCUUCAAUAAGAAGCCAGAGAAGGGUAUCCAGUAUCUGAUUGAGCGGGGCUUCCUGUCAGACACACCAGUGGGAGUGGCUCACUUCAUCCUGGAGCGGAAAGGCCUGAGCCGGCAGAUGAUAGGGGAAUUCCUAGGGAACCGGCAGAAGCAGUUCAACAGAGAUGUGUUGGACUGUGUCGUAGAUGAGAUGGACUUUUCCUCUAUGGAUUUGGAUGAUGCACUCCGGAAGUUCCAAUCCCAUAUCCGGGUUCAGGGUGAGGCCCAGAAAGUGGAGCGACUCAUUGAAGCCUUCAGCCAGCGGUACUGUGUGUGUAACCCAGCCCUUGUGCGCCAAUUCCGGAACCCAGACACCAUCUUCAUCCUUGCUUUUGCCAUCAUCCUCCUCAACACUGACAUGUACAGUCCCAGUGUCAAGGCUGAACGCAAGAUGAAACUAGAUGACUUCAUCAAGAACCUGAGAGGGGUUGACAAUGGCGAAGACAUCCCCCGAGACCUCCUGGUGGGCAUCUACCAGCGCAUCCAGGGACGUGAACUGCGGACCAAUGAUGACCAUGUGUCCCAGGUGCAGGCUGUGGAGCGCAUGAUUGUAGGCAAAAAACCGGUCCUGUCUCUUCCUCACCGUCGGCUGGUUUGCUGCUGCCAGCUCUAUGAAGUGCCAGAUCCAAACCGCCCCCAGAGGCUAGGGUUGCAUCAGCGGGAGGUCUUCCUUUUCAAUGAUCUCCUUGUGGUCACCAAAAUUUUCCAGAAGAAGAAGAUCUUGGUGACAUACAGCUUCCGUCAGUCCUUUCCCCUCGUAGAAAUGCACAUGCAGCUCUUCCAGAAUUCAUAUUACCAGUUUGGGAUCAAGUUGCUGUCUGCAGUACCUGGCGGAGAGCGCAAAGUCCUCAUCAUCUUCAAUGCCCCCAGCCUCCAGGACCGGCUGCGCUUCACAUCUGACUUGCGGGAGUCCAUCGCCGAGGUGCAGGAGAUGGAGAAAUACCGCGUGGAGUCGGAGCUGGAGAAGCAGAAAGGUAUGAUGCGGCCUAACACCUCCCAGCCCGGAGGGGCCAAGGACUCAGUGAAUGGCACACUGGCCCGCAGCAGCCUGGAGGACACAUAUGGGGCAGGCGAUGGGCUCAAAAGGGGUGCACUCAGCAGUUCCCUGCGAGACCUCUCUGACGCAGGGAAGCGGGGGCGGCGUAACAGCGUGGGAUCGCUGGACAGCACCAUCGAAGGGUCUGUUAUUAGCAGUCCACGCCCUCACCAGAGGAUGCCACCUCCACCCCCACCCCUGCCGCCAGAGGAGUACAAGAGCCAGAGGCCCGUCUCCAACUCCUCAUCCUUCCUGGGCUCCCUAUUUGGAAGCAAGCGGGGCAAGGGGCCCUUCCAGAUGCCACCACUGCCAACAGGCCAGGCCUCUGCCUCCUCUUCAUCUGCUUCUUCCACCCACCACCACCACCACCACCACCACCACCACAGUCACAGCCACGGGGGCCUGGGAGGGCUGCCUGAUGGGCAGUCCAAGCUCCAGGCCCUGCAUGCCCAGUAUUGCCAAGGACCAGGCCCUGCCCCACCACCCUACCUCCCACCACAGCAGCCCCCUCUCCCCCCACCACCUCAGCAACCCCCACCCCUGCCCCAGCUGGGCUCCAUUCCACCACCUCCCGCCUCAGCCCCACCUGUGGGGCCACAUCGCCACUUCCAUGCCCAUGGCCCAGUCCCAGGACCCCAGCACUAUACCUUGGGCCGGCCAGGCAGGGCCCCCAGACGGGGGGCUGGAGGACACCCUCAGUUUGCUCCACAUGGCCGCCACCCACUGCACCAGCCCACAUCCCCUUUGCCCCUGUACAGUCCUGCCCCCCAGCACCCUCCAGCCCACAAACAGGGCCCCAAGCACUUCAUCUUUAGCCACCACCCACAGAUGAUGCCAGCAGCAGGGGCCACUGGAGGCCCAGGAUCCCGGCCACCAGGGGGCUCCUAUUCCCACCCCCACCACCCCCAGUCACCAUUGUCACCACACUCACCCAUCCCACCUCACCCCUCCUACCCACCCCUGCCCCCUCCCUCACCCCAUACUCCUCAUUCGCCCCUGCCGCCCACCUCUCCCCAUGGCCCACUACACGCCUCUGGGCCCCCUGGCACGGCCAACCCGCCCACUGCAAACCCCAAGGCCAAGCCAAGCCGGAUCAGCACCGUGGUCUGAUGAAUAGAGAGAAUGAGCUGGGGUCCAGGGAGGUCUGGGGAAUCUACAGGAGGGGGGCCUUGCACCCUCUCUGCUUCCUCAGUUUUUCCAAAAUAUAUAUACACGUAGAUAUGUCCUCCUCCCCACUUCCUCCCUGCCUCAGAACCCCUAGUCUAAUCCCCAAGAGUUGCCAUGGGGUUUCCAUCCAAAUUCGAAGAUCCUCUCCACUUGAAGCCUGGACACAGUGCCCUCAAACUCUGGUGAGUGGUGAGGACCUUUGGGAGCUCCUUUUCCUCCUUUUCCUCUCUUCCUCCUCAACCCCUUUCCCCCAAAGGUCUUGCUGGGUGGCAUUAGACCUCUGGGCAAUGUGAGCUCCCUCUCUACUCUGGCUAUUAGGGAAGGGCAGGUAUCAGGAGCAGUGAGGGGGAAGGCUUCCCCAGGGUACCUCUGGCCUCAUGGGGCUAGAAGGGAGCUCUGUAGAGUUGUAGCCAAACCUCAGCUGGCUCGGCCCUCUCUCUGACCUCAGGGCCUGGCCACACACCUCUCUCUGCCUGCCAGAGGAAGGAGCUGUCAGUGCACUUAGUGGGUGGGCCCCCACUUAUGCUGGUCCCCAGAUGGGGCAGUGCUUUGACUCCAGAGCCAGUCUCUGCCUUCUCUCCAGUAAGCCCCAACCCAGACCUCUUCAGCUUCAGAACCUUGCCUCUCCCAGCAAUAUUCUUAUCCUGAUCAAAGUCCAGACAGGUUUAGGUGGCAUGGGGUGGGGGUGGGGCUCAGGUCUGGGAUGAGAAGGGCGCUGCCCUCCCUCACCCAUAUUGCAUGCCCCCCAUUCCCUCAGACUUAUCGCCCCUACAACUGAAGACAAUGCACUUUACAGAUCUCACCCACAAACACCUCACUGGGGCAGGGCACCCAGCAUCAGCCCUGGGGAGAGAGGCUCCUCAUGAGCCCAAGAGGUCCUUCCUGAGGCAGAGAUCGAAGCCAUCAGAGUGGGGGCUGGGAGCCAGGAUGCCUGAGUCCUUCCGUCCGUCAGAAUCUCAGCUGCCUCUCCAGCCCCUUUACAGCCCUGUUUAUUUAUUAUAAAUAUAUUUUUUACAAACCCCAGCUCCUCUUCUUGCCCUGUACAUCCAGCUCCUUUCUCAGCUCCUGCCUCCGUCUCCCCUCUCCACCAUGGGCUGCAGUACAGACAGACUCUGGCUGUUUGAAGGGCCGGGGACCCUGGGGCUUGGGGUGUGGGGAAGGUUGGCAGCGGGAGGGUCCGAAUGGAGAGGAGUUGGGGUUCAGGCAUUGUCUUUUUCCUCCUUGUACAUAAGAAUGUAUAUUUGAUGCCUCAUAAAAGACCUUGUGCUCAC